UCGCGUUAUCGUAGUCAGUGCGACUCGGGCCGCCUGAUCCGGGGCACCGCUUUGUACGCAUACGCAUUCAUUGUAUCGUGAUUUACAUUAAUGACAAUGAUGCGUAUUAUUUACCUUAUAUUCUCUAUAACUAGUCUUUUAUUUCUUACAGUAAGAACUCAGGAUGAUGAAAUACUUUCGAAUUAUUUGUUCGACAGCGGGAUGUCAAUGGAAGAUGUGAAAGACGAUUUGUAUUUAAUGGAAGAUAAGGUUGAGACGGUGACUGAAAAAGUUGACAUAAAACUCUAUUAUGAGUGCCUCUGUCCAGAUUGCAGGAUAUUUGACACGAUGCAUUUGAGGCCGACAGUUGAGAAACUGGCUUCGAACUUGAACCUGCACCUUUAUCCUUAUGGAAAUGCAGAGACCACAGACAAGGGCAACGGUAAAUACGAAUUUAAAUGCCAGCAUGGCCCAGAAGAGUGUUACGGGAACAAAUUACAUGCUUGUGCUAUAGAUUUCCUGAGGAAUGAUACCAAAGCCGUCUUCUUCAACUCCUGUCUGAUGGACUCAGCACGGAAGGGUAGAGGAUCUGAUGAUGCAGCUGCUGAUGAGUGCGGCAGAAUUAUGAAUAUACCAACAGACACAAUAAAGCAGUGCGCAAAAGGUUAUAAAGGCACUGUGCUUCUUAAACAUUACGGAGAUGAGAGCAAGAAGGUUGGCUUCAAGUAUGUGCCCUACAUCCUAAUCAAUGGAGUCGUGAAUGACGGUCAAAACUUCAUGAUAGACAUUUGCGCAGCCUUUAAGUCACCGCCGCCAGAAUGUGCUGAAGUGAAUAAAAAUAAACGUUACUGAGCUUUGUAGAAAA